AGCCAUACCCACAAUGCACCGCGAAGGAGCGAGCAUGGCCGACUUUUUCCUCGUAGUGUCAACUGAUGAAGAAUGAAUGUGCCAUCUCUGCGCGUUACCAGUUGAUUUUUGUUGAAAACAGAGAGAUAUCGAAGUCUGCGAGUUAAAUCCGACAGAUUAUGAGUUUAUAAUCGUGCUGUGCGGAGUCGACGAGUCCCUGUGUGAUUUUAGGUGAGAAUCCUCCAUCAGUUAGCAGCAGAGAGCUAACAGCUUUAGCGCUGCCGAUGAUGUAGCGUCGUCAGUGAUGAAUAUGAUGAAAUAAAUCCGUCAAAUGUGAAUUUAAGCGUCAUAAAGCGGGUCAGUAGGAGAUUAAUCGUAGUCAUUUGGGCUAAGAUAACAGGAUGGUGUCGAUAUUUGUACCUGUGAGUUGUUAAAUGUCAUUGUUAGCAAGCUUCAAAUGUGAUAAGCUGCUUUGCUUUAUUGCUCAGUAGCUAACACCCUAAAUCUGUCAGAUUUUUAAUCAUAUUUUUAAGACGUACAGCGAGAAGGGUUUCUAUUGCCCAUGCUGAAUUUAGUGUCCUUCCUCUCUUUUCAGUUACUUCCUUUCAAAAUAGCUGACUUUGGACAUUCUGACCUUAGUGGACAAAACAGCAUUUUAAUAGUUAUCAGUAUUAAACCUCCCAACAGACUGAAAUUGAUAAAAAAUACUUUGUUGUGAUAUGAAAAAGCAAAUCAAACCACCAGCAGCCAGACUGACUGCUUGUAUAUUGAAAUAUUUAAUGCCUGAAACUGUUGUCAGGGGUAGGUGUCAGCCAAGCAGCAUUAAGGGUUAACAGACAACAGACCUGCUUUUACUGUUUUUAAAAAAAAAUAUUCACAAUGACUGAUUUUCUUUUGUCAUAACACAUAUUUUAGCAUGUAAAAGACAAGAUAAGAAAAGACUGCUUUGUCCAAAGGAGACAUGAAAACAACACUAAUCAGGAGAUCCACACAGGAGCUUUAAUGACAUUAUAUCUUAGUCCUUUAACAACUGAAUUGAAGAGAGAACUUGAAAAAUCCACCACUAUUAUUUAUUUUAGUACUUAUGUGUGUUUAUAUAUCAGUAGAGCAGCAGCUCACAAAGCUGUCAUUAGUCAUUGUUAUACCAUUGCUGAAACUGCUAUAUUGAGGUGGCAUCUAAUGCACCUGUUGUAACAUGGACUUGUGCUUUUUAAAAUAUGUAGUUUCUAUCACUACAUUUUCUCAGAGGUUUUGAUUAAAAAAUAAAAUAAAAAAACAAGUGUAAAAACACUAUUCUCCCCAGGGCUUAAAUAAAUGGGAUUUGCCUUGUAACCUAAGUGAAGUGUCCCUAAAGAAACUGUGCAAAGUAAUAAGUGUGACAAAAUGUCAUAUUUGUUGGACUGUUUGACUAAUAUGAUCCUUUUAAUAUACUCUAACCAGGUCUAAUAUUAGGAGCACUUGGAUAUGAUAAUGUAACCCAGUUUAAAAGCUCUACUUUAGUAUAACUUCUACAUUUUAGAUUUGUGUUGACGUCGUCAGACAGGUACCCCUUAUGUCUUUGUUCCCUUAUAUUUGUUUAUACCAAAUAAAAGUAACACCUUAUUAAAAUAACACAUUUCACUGGAUUGCAUUACAUUGCUCAGGUGUUGAUAAUGUUAUGAUUUAUUGUUUUUUAGUCAAAGCAUUAUUACGUUCUUGCUUUUAUUGUAUAUUUCUCUGAACAGUGUGUGUUUCGUUUUUAGAUUGAAAGGACUUUUUCAAAUUUAAAUGUCUAGUUAGCUUAAGUCAUGAAAUCACUGGAUCAGAUUAGUUAUUUUUUACGAUAUAAAUGUUCCAGAUCUAGAUUGGGCUGACUCAUCACAGAUCCGAUAAGAUUAAACCAAUAUGACAUCAUAACCGACACUGUUGUAUUAUUCUAAGCCUUCAAAGAAUUGAUCUAAUGUUGUUUUGUAGCGAAACUUGUAAAGAACAGCCCUUAUAUUAUUUUUCAUCUUGAUUUCCUUCUGAAACAGCAGCACUUUCCUGUGACAGCUGGCCAGAGCUAAGAUGGCAGGAGUCGUAGCCAAGCGUGAGGGACCUCAGUUCAUCAGCGAAGUAGCCGUGAGGGGAAACGCAGCCGUGCUGGACUACUGCCGCACCUCUGUGUCUGCGCUGUCCGGAGCAACAGCCGGUAUCCUCGGGCUGACUGGACUGUAUGGCUUCAUUUUUUACUUCCUUGCCUCGUUUCUUCUCUCUCUCCUGCUCAUUCUGAAGGCAGGACGGCGGUGGAACAAGUGCUUCAAAUCACGGCGGCUGCUCUUCACCGGGGGCCUCGUCGGGGGUCUUUUCACUUACGUCCUGUUCUGGACUUUUCUCUAUGGAAUGGUGCAUGUGUACUAAAAUAAUACAACUCUAACCUGAAUUAAAUCUAAUGCUAUGUAAACCAAUGUCUGCCCUGCUGUCUGUAGAUAAGCCUUUGGUAAAAGAAUUAUGAUUUUUUUUGUUGAUAUAAACUGUUGAUUACAUGAAGGCUGGUUCAGCAAUUACUUAUUUUCUUCCUGCGCCACUUUAUUAUGAACUUACUUAACCUGUAACUCCUGCUUUGUGAUCACCAUAAUCCAUACCAGGAUAAGAGCCAUAGUUAGGAUAGUUAAGGUAAUAGUGUAACAUAGAUCAAAGUACAUCCUAACAAAGUGUAAUGACAUUUCAUUAUAAUUUAAUUAAAACAAAUCUGAAUACUGAUUGAAAUAAAUACCUCUGAACAACACAUUUGUAAUGGUUAUUAAUCUCUGUCUGCCAGGUUAUUUGGCACUAACAGGAGAAUCAACAGGACAAUUGUUUUGUUUUCUUCAGGAACACACAGUAAAAGCAGCAUGGGAGAGAGGGUCCAUGCACAUUAACAUUUAGCACCAUUCAUCAACUAUCAGCUGCGUCAUCAGCAAAGGACUUCUGACAGUGACACAAUAUGAUAAACUCAAUUGUGAAUAAGAUUGUGUUUAAGCCAUCACCAUCACAGCCAGCUCAGCAUACAGCAGAAGACAGAAAACGUCUGACACAAGACGGGAGCAUUCAGCCAAACUAUCAACAGUUUAAACCGCUCACAUCUUUUUCAUGAUGUGAUUCAUCUUAGUGCAGAUCUUUGAACAUUUUCCCUUUGUGUUUACAGUUUAAUUCCUCUGAUCACACAAUAUUGAUAAAGUGUAUUUUUCAGUCUGAUUCAUCAGAUUAGUCCUCUUUUUUUUUUUUUUUUUUUAACCUAACCUGAAACAACUUAAUUUCAUUCCAUUUGAAAGAAUCCAUCAUAUUUACCCUUUUUGCAGUGUUAAAAAUAUGUGAAAAAGCCAGACAGUUCUUUGGAGUCUCUUUGCAACUAUUGAUGUACUUCUUUCCCUAUCUCAUGAAAUGUGAGCAAAGUAAUCUUUGUUCUGUGUCUAUCACAAGGCCAAAAUAAACACCUCAGCCUAAUACAUAUAACUGGAUCUAAAAUGAUGCUUCCUUUGUCUGAUCAAUAGCCACCAAAGCUUGAAGUAAUGAUUUCAUGUCAUAAAAUAACAAUAUGUUUAAUAUUAACAUUUGAAAGCAGCAUACUAGCAUUAAGUUAACAUUUGCUUCACUUAUUUUUAAUGCAUUUUUUUUUACAAUUUCAUUGACAUUACCACAGUACUCUAAUCUAUUAUGGACCUGUUAUCUUCCACAUCUCUCCUUUGGAUCCACACCCAGCGGGUAUUAAAAUCCACUUUUGUGAGUGAACCUCCAUCAGCAUCCUGGCUCACAGUGUCAGACAUUAACCUAUUCUUGGACCAAUGAAUCUUCAGUCAAAAUAAGCAUCACUGAAACAGUGGCUUACAGGCAGUUUUGCAGUGAGGUGAAAAGUCCAAACAGGUUCCACCUCAGAGACAUGAACACGUCCACCACAGGUGAUGUGACUCAUUUGUUCUACCAGGAAACUUAAGCGUCUGAAGAGAAAGUGAUGUGAUGUCUCGCCUCCGCACCCUGGGGAGAGAGAAUGGUGUAGCGCUGUCCUGUGUUGCGUGGAAUGGUGGGACCUCGUUUGUCCGGAGGCUGUUGGUUCUCGGCAGGCGAGCAUGUUUCCUCCUCCAGCUUUUUGAUGGAGUUUUCAGCAUCUUUCUCUGCAUGUGGUUUCCUGGAUCUCCUCUCUCUGUGUCCUGAUUUCCCUUCCUUUGGUUUGUCUUUUUCCUUCCUGAUGCAAAAAAACAUGAGAAAAGUGUGUGUCAGUAUAUAUUACUAUCAGGGAUUAGAAAACAGUAGAAUUGAAGUUUGAAGGUUGUUUUUGAUUUGCUCUGUUUCAUUUUUUUGGAGUGGCUGUUGAUAUGCGCUGUCAGCUAUUUUAACGAAUGUUUGUCUGGCCAUCUGUUUGUCCCAGUGGUGGUGUCAUUAUGCUGAACUUGGUGGUUUCAUACCAUUCGCACCAUACUAAUGCACACCCUCUCAGGGUUGUCUACUUUCAACUCUGUGUAACAGGUCUAAGACUCAAUUCAGUGUCAUUAUCAAACAUCUAUUACUUAUACAAAUAUGUGCCUGUCAGAAUAGAUCACUAAUUUACUAAUUAUACACAUAAAUUGUCAACAAAGUUUGCAUGCGUAGACUCGUUUAUGUCUCCCAAACACAUUCACACACUUCUGAGUUAAAGAGAAAGUAUAUUUGGGGUUUUGUCCCUUGCAGAGAGAGUAGAAAUGUUAUUUUACUUUGGUAAACCUUGUUUAGGAUAAUCACAUAUCACAUGUAUGUACAUUAGCAUGGUGCUGUCUCUGUUUUUGCACAUUUUGGUUAUUUUUUACUACCUACUCCAGUGUGUAUUGUAACAAAAGGGAAACCCUGUCUUUGACAUCAAAUCACAAGGUUUAUGAUAUUCAUGCAGAUGGCUGAAUUGGUCUUUUUUGUACUUUAUAUAACUGGCAGUGAGUUAUGGGUGCUGACGCAAAAAGUUUUACAACCAUCAUCUGUCUCCCAAUUUCCAGAUCAGUUGUGAUAUUUUGCUGUACAAUCAGCUUUUUCAGGAAAGACAUUUUGUGCUGACAACUUUAAAAAUGGUUUGAAUAAUGUGCCAAGGAAACUGAAAAAAAAAAGUGCAUUUCACCAGUUACUAUAGUCCAUUAAUGAAUAUUCAUACUUGAAGUUGAUGAUUUCAAACUUCCUCUCUCGGUAGAGGGAGCUUGUGUUCAUCAUGUAGAGCAAAAUCAUGUCACACACAAAGGCUCCCUAUGAAGAGAGAAAACGUCAGUCUUUGUUUUUCACAGGUGAUCAUCUAUCACCCUCUAGUGGUACAAUAAUAAAGCAAAACAACUCCAUAACAACACAGCAUCUUCCACGGACACAUUAAUGUAAUAAUUCAAAAAUUACCCACCACACCCAGCAGAGCAACACCCGACCCAAUAGCGAUUAUUGUGGGAAUGAUAUUGAAUUUCCCAGCCUGGAAUGAAAAAAUACAAACAGCUCAGCAUCUAGUUUUAAACUCGGGCACUGCCCUGUGAGUAAAUGUUGCCGAUAUCACCACUACCUUUCCAUUGAUCAUGAUAUCGAAGCGGAUCCCAUAUACUUUAUACAAAUCCCGAUAACUUUCACCACUUUCAUUCUUGUAGUACCUGGCAUAUCUGUAAGUAUAAAAAUGUGGAUAAUUGAAAUAAAACAAAAUUUGCCAGAAAAUAGAAAGAGUCAGCUGACAGAUUUAAAUCUGUGAAUGUCCGAGAGGACAUACCUGAAGUUGUAACCUGAUGUAACUGAGUUAUUCACAUUCACAUCCAACCGGGUGAAGCUGUACUCAGGUUUACAGAGCGAGGCGUCCUUGUCCAGGUCACAGUCCCACUCGAUGAGAAUGCCAACAGAGCCGCCCUGACAGACCAAAACACAGACUUUCUGUCUUUUAGUGCUCACACGUAUCACUUUAGCCCCUGGUUAUUUAAUACAGUCAAAAUAAAAUGCUGUAAAGGUCCAUGCAAAGAGGAAAGUGUUUUAACGUCAGUCAGUAAAGUGAAACUAUAGAAGAGUUUGAAUGUGGAGCUAAAGCUGUGUCCAAACUUAUAUCAGUUUAAAAAACAUUAAAAGAUAAGAUUUUCAUGAGGUACAGGAGUAAAGAUGGGGCUAGACAUCAUUAUGUGAUUUUAAGGAUAACAGUUGAUUAAUUAAAAAAAAAAUCUUUCAUUGUACAUCCUCUUUUUCAAAGAAAAUGUUAAUUGUGAAUAUUUGUUUGAUCCACCAUCACUGCUGCACACGGUCUUGUUCAGCACAUUAUAACAUUUGGUACCUUAGUAGCCAUUUCCUGAAAGUCAUUCCCCGUCCAGCUGACCAGGUCUCCCAGGCGGAAGAUGGGGCAGUAUGGGUUGUAAUUUCUAUCAAAGGAGCAUUUUUUCAGGUAGCUGUCAUUAGAUGUUUCGAGGACAUUGGACCUAAAGGGUUAAAACAGCAGGACAUGAAAAACAUCUGUCAACAAACAUCUGAUUUCCAGGAACCGUUGAAACCAGCCUUGAUAAAAAACACACAUUUCUCAACCUGCUGUCUGGGAUUUGACUUUUAAGCCUUCAUUUUAGACACCAUUAAUGAAUAACCUUAGGCUCUUUUACAAUGUCUUAUGAAGCAUUUACUCCCAGCCAUGUGAUCUGUUGUUCCAUAAGUGUAAAAUAUAUCCAAAUUAGGGGAUAGACUACCUCAGGAUCACAUAUGAAGCUGUCAGCAGACUCUUAUUUAAUCAGUAAAAUUGUUUAUCAAACACACAGAUAAAUGUACAUCAAACCAGGUUGCUCGUCUGUGGGACCCUGUUUCCCAAAACACAGGAAUACAUGAAAUCAAUGUGCUGUUUGUCAAAAAUCCAGCUCCAUUUGGUGAGGGACUUGUGUCAGUGGAGCAAAAUAAAUGACUAGAUUAAAUAAUGUAUUACUUUUUAUAUUUGUAUACGUAGAUACUUAAAUAGAGACUUAAAUGUGUAGGAUUUGCCUCUAUACAUUUAAAAUAAACUUCAUUUGGGUUUUUCCUGGUUUAAAGCUAAAGCUACUCUAAAGGUCUCCAUCUCUGCUUGAAAGCCUGUUCUCCACACUCGAACACUUAUAGCCACAUAUACAGUGUGUGUAUGUCAAUCAACACUGCUACACCCUGUAACUCAGAGAAAAGUGUAACUGGAUGCUUCUCACUGUAGGAUGUGCAGUGUUGCCGUUUCCAUUUUCAUUACCAUCCAGUGGGUGGGAUUUGUACAACAGGCACAUUCUCAUUAGGCUAAAGCACAUGCAGGUUAGAGCAGAGCAGAAGAGAUGGUUGUGUAACCAGGUUAAUAUCCUGACUAAUGAAUUAACAGCAGCUUGUGGCAUCUCUCUGCUUUCUUGCAGCACUUGAACCCUCAGCCACAGAGAGAGCAGCAGCACAGCUCUCUGGGCUACCCCCAUCUGAUCGGACACCUGUCCAGGGCACAGCCUGCUGUCAAGGACGUCUCAGAUGACUGUUUCACUGUCUCACUCAGAGCAAUGCUCUGGUUAGUAUAAAUAGAAGGCUCUCUGC